AUGAAUCGGAUUAAAUUUAAUAAUAUUAAUGACCCAUUACUUCAGUCUCCAUCUCAAAAUCCAAAUCCCGUUACAAAAAUUAAUGAUAUUUUAAAUUAUGUAAAUAACUUGCAAGAUCUUGAAUUAAUUCUCAAUCCACCUUAUCAACCCACACUUAGUCUUGACUCUACUUUUACCAGCUUAAAAGAUUAUGAAGCAAAUAAACGAAUUCAAUUUCCAGAUCAAUUAUUUAAAAUGAAGACAAUCUCUAUCAGUGCUGGUGAUGAAUGGAAAAUUCAAUCAUUUCAAGUCAAGAGAUAUUUUGAAAUUCUUUCUAAAUUGGCUCUCGAAAAACAUAAAAUUAUGUAUCCAGAUUAUAAAUAUACUCCCAAAAGAAGAUCGAACAGUAAUAAAGAUUUGGUUUUUCAUAAAACUUUAGUUCUAGGCGAAGACAAUCAAAUCAACAAAAUUAAUCAUGAUAACUCUUACGAGUUUUCCACUACUACUAUUACACCUAUUGCAUCACAAAAUACUUUUACUGAAUUCAACAAUGAAUCUUCGCAUCAACCCGAACUAUAUUAUAACGAUAUUUCUUCUAUGAAUUCUAUGAAUUCUUUAAAUUAUUCGGAAUCCAUGACCGUAACACCUACUUUGCCUGAAUAUAGUAAUAAUACUGUUGAUACCAUCGAAUGUUUCCCAAACCAAUUUUGA